AUGAUAUCAUUGCCAGCAGUAGAUGUAUCUGAAGGGUUUGGUUGCUUCUCUCCGUUCCUGAUUUUUUUUUUUUUUCCCCUCUCUUUAAUCACAUUAGAAGUUUUGGAAGAACUGCCAGAAACAAGUGGGAAAACAGCACGGCGUUUCUUCUUUAAUUUAACUUCCAUCCCUAAUGAGGAGUCUGUCACCUCAGCUGAACUCCAGAUUUUUCGGAAACAGGUGCACGGAGCCUCUGAGAACAACAGCAGCUACCAUCACCGUAUUAAUAUUUAUGAAAUUAUAAAGCCAGCCACAGCCACCUCUAAGGACCCUGUCACAAGACUUUUGGACACCAGGUUGGUGCAUCAUAAUGCAAGUAAAUGGGAAAGUUUUGAUGUAACGCCAGCUGUAAUGAGGUGGAUUGCACAUGGACAACCUAAUCAUGGGUUUGUGGUAGAGGUGGUUCACUUGGACAAAGAGAACAGUGCCUCCAAGAGGCACGUUAGGAUUAGCAGGUCUUUACAUCAGGAUGAAGAUAGCUGGUCUCAGCUCAGGCCAUUAUUAGUAACGUUUGGGCAUGAUGGCAAGGGACACCCGCUUCAUAAAAGAGAAAAGCGUCAAGUGAAACACAAACAGCGUAAACGCCACAAAUACAGUUGCAAAAGGCAUCCGUUAUAUGUGGACUUCAAUGAUGUGGGGUGGAAUGACUGGAUUGUUGCCCCACCGGGGUAUAGUGCCUUUUACUGCCAUGGGGAAUGUCCUUUUCCACUGGCAGAUCAUCUAAACUCAACAAACCAUGCCAUUGUUCAGACUUUGGUCAAUUCAGUGAAUUCCAAAAUCCCUAAGGCUUGCUGUGUGCCGACAGAACUGAGUGCUAUUUCCAUGCUCUACCUUGAUGAGAAUGAAAAAGUUGUAUUAAAGAACUAUCAAGAUAUGGUUGUGGAGGGUUGUGGGUGCCGCUAACACAGCAGAUAUAUUAGACAAAUACAAAAAAAGCUGACACUUUAAUAUUUCCCAAUGAAGACUUUAUUUAUGUAAUGAAAUGGAAAGAAAAAAAAAACACAACUAUUUUGAAAAUAUAUUUAUGUCUACAAAAAGUUGGGAAAACAAAUAUUUUAAUCAGAGAAAUAUUCCUUUAAAGAUUUUAAAUGUAUUUUAGUUGUACAUUUUAUAUGGGUUUAACCCCAGCACAUGAAGUAUAAUGGUCAGAUUCUUAUUUUGUAUUUAUUUACUAUUAUAACCACUUUUUAGAAGAAUAGCUAAUUUGUAUUUAUAUGUAAUCAAAAAGAAAAAAAUAUAGGGUUUGUACAUAAUUUUCCAAAAUUGUAGCUGUUUCAAUUGUGUGUAUUUAAGUUGAAAAGAAUACAUGGAACGUUACUAUGGCAAAGUGCAUAGCACAUUUGCUUUCUGCUGUGCUACUGUUAAGGUCACAAGUUCAAGUCCAGAAAAAAGUGGAUAAUCCACUCUGCUGACUUUCAAGAUUAUUAUAUUGUACAAUUCUCAGGAAUGCUGCAGGGUGGGCUGUCCAAUCCAUGAGAACUGGCAUCCUCUUUAGGUGGAAGAUUUGGAUAAGAACCAGACAUUGCUGAUCUAGUAUAAAUACUGCUAUUCCCAACUAAUAUGCAGUGUGAAUAUAAGAAAGGCCAAUAGAAAUCCUAGGGGAGGUAUGGGGGGGGAGGGGACUGAAUCCUUUCUAGACCUACAGAAAAGUGAAUGUUUGCUGUUUCCUUUAAAAGUCCUUCCUUUAAAAGUCCUGGCCAAAUAUAAAAUAAUAAAAAUUAAAAUGUCAUCAUUAUUUUUGUCACUAUCUAUACUAAAGAGGAAUAAUUAUCUUAUUUGUACUGGCCUGUGUCUUUAACAGUUGGAAAAAAUGUUUUAUACUUCCUUAGCUCACUUCUGUGGAGUGCUAUAGUGAAAUUAAUCUCCAGUUUUUGCCCUACGUACAGCAAGGUGUUGUCAUAUGCAGUCUCCUAUCUAACCUCAGCUGACAGUUUUGCUGUUUUGCGGAUUAGCUUGUCUUCCUUUCCAGGGUUUUGUGUUUGAAAGCGUUUUUUUCUUUAAAUAUUUUUUAAGAUAAUAAAUCGUAGAACUCUGGUAUUUCUUUCUGAAAAGUGUAGUCUGUAAGAAAAAAAUGGUUCACUUGUGCAGUAGUCACAAGGAUAACCUGUGUUUGCAUCUUUCUCUUUUUCAAUUCUUCGUAUAAAGGGCAAAAGCAUGAUUUGCAGUUGGAAAUCACAGCAUUAAAGUUAAUACUUACUGUGCACAUGGUACAUUACAGGACUGGCGUGGCAGUCUGCUAGUAAGCUGUAAAACAGGGGGUGAGAACACUGAGCCUGGGUUGCUUGUUGCAUGGAAGUUGUGCCAAAAUAGUAGAAUAGCAAAGCAACUUAAAUUGGCUUCUUGCUGAUAUACUACAAAGUGCCUGAAGCCAGAAGCAAAGUGAAGUCAUGUUAGACUACUAGUGGUAAGUUCUUGCCUAUUCCAGGAGCUUUCAGCUGUACCUUGUGAAUAUAUAGUGACUCUGUGCUCUUAGCCUCCGGAGGUGUCAGAACCCCCUUGUGCUCCCUUGUGCCCUGAUAAAUGGAUCCAAAACUGGACUUUGAUGAACUGAGUAAUCCCUGAAAGCCGUACGUUCGCUUGUCUGUCUACAGGUCCUUUCUAAAUCACCUUCUGGAAUAUCUGAUUCUGGCCUACUUCUGGCUAACCUUUUAUUAAUACCAACCUUCUCCUCUUUCCCAUGGCCCUUCCCAAGCUUCUCCUUUUUGCCAGACUCCUCUGGGCUCCAGUGAAGGUACUAAAUAGGUUUGUUGAUCAGGAGGACUGACUUGAUGAUCUCUUCCUUGGCUGCUAAUCAUCAGAAAAAGCAAUUGGUAGAGAAGAUAGGAGAGAAAAAUGACAGUAGUUUCCUGUUGGUUGCUUCCAUUUCUCUUGUGAGCUUAAAAAUAUUUUAGGCUAGCUAUAAGCUUCUGUGGCAAGAUAAAGCUUAAUAUAUUAUUUGUACCAGCAGUAUUUUCAAUAGCUAACAGAGCAAAUCACCGCUCUGCAGUUUGGCUUUGUUUAUUUUUGAGAGAUAGCUGACAUUGUCAUGCUGAUGCUAGAUAGUAGCCUACAAGCUUGCUGGGUGGACAACCUCCUAUUUAAUUUUUUGAAAUACCAGCACUGUUUUCUUGGCCAUUUUAAUGUUUUUACGGUGGCACUUUCUCUGUGUAGAAUUUUGGUUUGCCCUUUACUUAUUUAAAAGGGCACUCAGGUUUCAUUGGUGGUGAGCGAGUUUACGGCCGUUGUCAGCAGCAGGCUCUGCCACAGUGAAGGUUCUGCAAGAAUUCGUUGCUUAUUUGCAAUGUAUAGUUGUUCCGGUCGAGUCACAGCAGCGCUAGAGUACUCUAUAACUUGGACCUGCAGAAGCUAGGCAUAAAGUGCUGAAAAAUGCAAGACUGCAUCAUUUCUAUGAGCAGGAAAGGUAGGAUCCCAAACCUGCUGAAGUCACCGAAGACCCCAUGGCACUUCUAACCAGAUCCUAAAUUCUGAUGUUGCUGGGCUUAAACUUCAUGGCUCCUAGCUCAUCAUAUGUAAUAGAUUGAGGAAGUCUUUUUAGAGAGUGGCGAUUGCUUUACUUCUCCUCUAAGGCAUGAGAACAUGUUGAUGCUAAUUUUGUUUUAAAAAAAUUGGCUAUGGCGCUUGUCUGUGGAUGAGCAGUAGCUGGCUUAUGGCAUGAUGCUGCAUUCCUUAUGCAAGCAAACCUCCUGUUGCUUGACAAAGAAUUGCAUCCUUAGUAAAAUGCACUGUGAAGCCAGUGUUUAAUUGUAAACAUAGUAAGACUCACUCCUGUGAGCAUUUCUGUACCUGCUUAGUGUUAGUCACAGAAUUGUCAGUUCCAUACAGAAUUUGAAGAGGAAAUAGGCAUGCAUCAAUAAAUUUCUGCAGAAUUGGCUUCGUAAUGUGUCCUUUUAAAUCCUUAACCCCUUAACCCUUAAACUGGAAAUGUGAGUAUUGCAUUGAAGAGUUUGUUUAGGUUUAAAAAAAACAAAAAACACGAAAAGCGGUUUUGUGUAUUUUUUAAUGUGAAUAGUGGAAGAUCCUCAUAGAGAUUAGUUGCGUUAUGUUCCUGAACUCUGCUGAAUAGUAUUGAUGAUCAGAGAGCCCUCCUGAAAGUUUUGGGCUUUCUGUCAUCUUCAAAGUUUGGUAACAGCUGCUAAAUAGUCCUCCAUACCAGGGAGAGGAAAAAAAAAAAGGCAGUUACUGCAGUACUAUCAGUACUCUGGUGCUUACUUUAGUACUUAUUAGUGUUCUAGGGCUCUACAGGAAGAAAUGAAUGUGUUUUUUUUUUCUUUUGUCUCAAAAGAAGAGAAUGCAGAAGAUCUAUCUAUAAGACAAAACUACCUUUGUUACCCCAUAACCUGUUUCUCCUAAACAUGUUGCUUCUAGGCACUUAAAUAAUCUAUAUAGGCAGAGAUUGUGAUAGAUAAUGUCACCCUUUGUGCAUUUCAGAUAAGCAUCUCUCUAAACACAAAUGUGAUCAGCAUCUCUUCUUGUCCUUUUGAGACUCAGUAACAGCUUUGUCGAGUGGCUUGAUAAUUUUUGCGCAAAAUACAGUUGGACUGCUGUGGUCAGCAACAUAUAAAAAUGACGUGGGAAGAUCUUCAGUUGAGGUAAGCUCUCCUGAGAGCAUUGGCCAUUUCACCAAGCAGGGUCUGCUCUGCUGUGCUAACUUGGGCUCAUCAUGAUCAGGCACUGAGACCUUUCCUGCUCAUGUGUUAGUUGGGCUUGUGAGUCCAUAGCAUAUCACCUGCUUUUCCCCCUGCUAGGUAGUUAGUAGCCUUUCAUUUGUGCAGUCUGUACUGAUGAGGCUUGGAGAGGAACAUUAUUUGUUUAUUGUACUCCCAGCUCUGAAGAAGGAGCUCAUCUGGACUACAUUUGCAUUACUUUGCUGUGCUACUAGAAGAGAAUAAUUAUUGAACUAUUUUAUUGUACAGCUAUUCCUAAAUUGUUGAUUUGGGUUUAUUUUUUUUUUAUUGAUUUCAGGAGGCAGCUAAUUGCCAUAUGGCAGCUUGAUGUUAAUGUUUUAUGAAGAUCAGGAAACAAAAGUUUAUGAAAAGCUUUUGUAUAGUAACUGCAGAGUUUCAAGAACUGUUUUAUACUUCCUGACAGUGCAGGUCUGGCUUAAUGGUUUGUUUUUAUUGCUUAAGAGUGUAAACCUUUCUUUAGCCGAUGUGUGGAAAUUAUAUCCUCAUCCCGCAUUACGCAUUUCUCAUUGCUCAUUACUCAUUCCCUGCUUUCAUUUCUGCCAUCUGUAAUCAGAGCUUUACUGUUUCAACUGCAUGCAAAAUGCUCCUGUCCUUUGCACACAGUAAGAUACUUUUCCUUAGCACUCACCCACCCCCUUCCAAAAAAAAAAGAAAGGGGGGGGAGGGGGAAGGAAGGAGGGGAAAAAAAAGAGAAAAAGGAAAAGCCUACUCUGUCUAUAUUGUUUUUCUCUGUUUUGGGUGGAGUCUGUCUUAGAUUCUGGUUGCUAGAUGGUUUCUGUAGUAACAAGCAGAGAAAAAUUCAAGACUGAAAAGGCACUUUUAAAGGUGCCAUAUCUUGCCUGAAGUAUUAUUUAUCUAAUUAUGAAUAUGGAAUGUUUCUCUUCUCUUUCGUAUUAAGGCUACCUUUUCCCUUUUGGUAGGGCAGACUGCUGCUAUGAGACCUUGAUUUGUUGUGUUCUUACAAUAUGAGGACAUGAGAACCACGAAUCUUGUUCCCAGUUGACUUAAGCUGCUCAAAAUAAUGAUGAAAAGCCAAAGGCAUUAAAAUGUAUUUUUAAAGACGUAAUAAAUGGUUGUUACAGGCACAGACCACUUUGUUUGUUUUUUAGUUACGUAGGAAAGAAAAAAGAAGCUAGGUUCAGAGGGAUAUUUGGAGUUUACGUGUUCUUGCUGUAAGAGAAGUGUUGGAUGAAACUGACAGUCUUUUAUUUUGUUAAAUUACUGUGUAAAAGAAAAUAUCAUAGCUCCUUCAUAACAUAUUUUUAUGCUGCUGUACUCCACAUCUUUUGUUAAUUUCUCCCAAGAGAUUUUGCAGGUGUAUUAGGAAGUAAAAGUUUGUAUGCAUCUACACGUUUGACUUGCUUGGGCACAAAAAGGAUGAGAAAAUUUUUGAAGGUUGGUUCUUUCUUGUCUUUCCAGUACUAAUCCUUCAUUACCUGUAUCCUUGACAGCUGUGUCUGCAGCAAGCAGUAAUGAUUUCCUGAGGUGGAGUUUCCUCUCUUUUUGGAAUCUAAUCACCUGGUGGUGCCCUCUGGGAUCUAGCACCCUUCAGUCCACAAGCUCUGUGCAGUGGCCACUUAGAAAAGCAGGUACACUGCUUUUGUCCCAGUUCUGUGUUCUUUAUGGAGGCAAUUUUGUCCCUGCCUUCAGUUGUCAUCUUAGCUUGGUAAGAGUCUGAUGGUCUGGACCCACCGCAUGCAGCAAAAGGUGCCUCUAACACCAGGGACUGAGUUUGUAAGUUGCCAGAAGUCUGAGGGCCAAAGCUGAUUUGCAUCUGUAUUUGCAUAGUGCUGUGAAGGCGCUCGGCUGUAAUACCUGCCCGGGCUUGUAUUGCCCUCGAUAGAUGAGCAGAGGCUGAGAGUUGUCCGACUUCUCCAGAGGUAUGAAACUUGCAGUGGGUCAUCUGGGUUCUCAGCUUAUAAGGCAAGGGAGCAAUUAGAUGUAUUUUUGCUCUUCAAAGUUCAUUCUUGUAGGGACUUCUGCAAAAUAUGCCUGGCUGUCAGUAUAGAAACUAGACCCAAGCCAUGGGGUUAGACAUGCAGUUGAAUACAUUGGCCUAACCCUAGAAAAGCAGCAGAUCUAUGGCUGUUAAGUUUGAAAAGAGGCAAGGAUUUUUGUGGGAAGAAGUUUGAGGUGAAAGAAGUGGAGAAGGAGGACACAUGAGCUUUUGAAGUUGAAAGUGUUAAUUAUGUCUGAAGUGACUUCAGGUAUAAAGAUCAGAGCAGCAAAUUGAUAACAGUCUGAAAGUUCAGGUUCCCACACCAGCUGGACUGUGGCAGAUUUAUAGUUUAAUGAGGCUGCUAAUCCCAUUAGAGAUUAAAUUAAGAAGGUCUUUCUGGGAGAUCACCAAAAAAACUAUGAAUAUUGUACUGUAGCUUGAAUCGUAAUGCUAAGGCAGCGGAGAGCUGACAUGUACUUACUGAACUGCAGGAUACUGUUUCAUUCAAUGUGUCUCGUUGAAACAAGGCAUUCAACUCCAGCAGUGUUUCACUACAAACGGAGGCAAAUGUAUUAUUAUUAUUAUUACUGCUACUAUUACUAUCAUCAUCAUCCUGUAAACAACAUGCAGAUUAAAAGAUGGAAAUAUCAACCAGAUCUACAAAUCAGCAUAGCUCUAUUGACUUCAUUCUCAGAUAAACUGGUCCUUUUUAUUAAAGCAAAUCCUCAGGAGGCAGGGAGAGCGCAUAUAAAUAUAAUGUAUUUAAGGUAACUAUUGAUAUAACUCCAGUAGCUUGGAACUUGCACAAAAACAUUUUUUAUGGCAUCCUGCACACCCUAGUGAUGGGAAAGUGCUCUAUGGAAUAAUGACUCUGUAACCACAGACUUCAAAAGUAUAGAAUGUCUGCGGCAUGAUGGAAAUAGCUGUUUCCACAUCAAUAAUAUACACACAGGCGUAUUGAAGCUUAAUUGCAAG